UAAAGCCAGACUCGCUCCAUCCGAAGCAGAGCCCUGGAUGCAUUCAACAAGCUUCCCAGCCCAGCUCUGAUUCCAGCCAACAUCUGUCAACAUGGAGACAUCUUUGGUCAUCUGCCUUCUGACAGCUUCCAUUACUCUGGUUUUUGCAAAGUCUCGGGAAUGUAUCGUUUGUCAAUCAAUUGGAAAGGACUGCCAAGGGGAUAAGAAAGAGUGCUCUGCUCCGGGAGACAAAUGUGGCAUCACUUCGAUGGAACAGAUUUUGGGGUCAACCAGCAACGCCGUGAAUAAGAGCUGCAUCCCUCCAAAGGACUGUGACAAGGGCUUGGCUGUUCUGGACUUGGGCAACAACCAGCUCAUCAGAGGCUUCGUUUUCUGCUGCAAGGACGAUCAAUGCACCAACCCUCCCAGCUGGCCCUCCAGAAAAAUUGUAACUACCAACAACAAGAGAUGCCCGGCUUGCUACACACAGCCAAAGGAACAGAGUGGAUGCGAGGCGAAGGUGAUUAAUUGUACCGGAGAGGAUGAGACAUAUUGUGCAGAAGUCUUUCUUCAGAAGAAAGAAG